UGAACUGAACACAAAAAAGUUCACACGGGUGAGAAAUUAUAUAAGUGUGAAGAAUGUGACAUGUUAUUUGGAUAUAGAAAAUCUUUAAAAAAGCAUAAUAUAAUACAUAUUCGAGGUGAUAUUUACAGCUGCAACUUUUGCGACGAGAAAUUUUCACUAAAAAAACUUUUAAAUAAACAUAAAAAGGAGCAUAUUGGAGAAAAAGCUUUCCGCUGUGAAGAAUGUAACAAGAGAUUUAAGAUGCAAAGUCAUUUAGAUAUCCAUAAAAUAACUCACACUGGAGACAGAGCAUACGAGUGUGAAGAAUGUAACAAACGAUUCAGAGAUAAAAGUACGUUAAACAAACACAAAAAAAUUCACACCGGCGACAAAAGAUAUAGCUGUGAGCAAUGCGGCAAACGUUUUAUACAAAAGAGCACUUUAACGGAACACAAAAGAGUUCACACGGGUGAGAAAUUAUAUAAGUGUGAUGAAUGUGACAUGUUAUUUGGAUAUAGAAAUACUUUAAAAAAGCAUAAAAUAAUACAUAUUCGAGGUGAUAUUUUCAGCUGCAACUUUUGCGACGAGAAAUUUCCUCAAAUAAUACUCUUAAAUAAACAUAAAAAUAAGCACGUCGGAGAAAAAGCGUACGGCUGCGAAGAAUGUGACAAGAGAUUUAAAAGGAAAGAUCAAUUAGAUUUGCAUAAAAUAACGCACAAAGGAGAGAGACCAUACGUCUGUGACAAGUGUGGUAAGCAAUUUAAAAGAAUAGGUAAUUUAGAUCAACAUAAAAAAAAUCACGCAGAAAAAUCUCACAGUUGCACUAAAUGUAACAAGCAAUUCACACACAAACAUCAGUUAGAUGCUCAUGAAAGAAGUCACACUAAAGAAAAAGCAUAUAUUUGUGAAAAAUGUGGCGCGCGAUUUGCGCAAAUUUAUAUUUUACAGAAACAUAAACAAAUUCAUAUUGAAAAGGUACCCGGUGACUGAGUGACUGAGGAAAUUAACUAAAGGAAUAUAGUAGAGAAUAAUACAAAAUAGUGUAUCAAACAAUGAUUUCAAAAGUAAGGAUAAACAUGUUCAUACAAUUCCGACCGAACAUUCUCGUUAAGCAACACAGGCGCCAUCUGUUGUAUAGUAUGCGUACUACCGGCUAUGUCAGAGAUAGGGCUUCCAAAUACCGAACUUUCCACAAUACCGGUAUUAACAUCGAAACUGUCGUCAUAAAUACCAGGAUCCCGGUAUUCGAUAUGUUUCGCUUAAAAAUUUAAAGUUUCACUGGAAUACCAGAUAUGUCCUAACAGCUUUUAGGGGCUGUCCAUAAAUUACGUCAUCGAUUUUUGACGAUUUUUAACCCCCCCCCCCUAUAAUCAUCCAAAAAUCAUGCUUAAAAUGACUCCAUUUCCUCCUACUUCAUGCUACCGUCAUCCGAUGUCCAGACCCCCCCCCCUAAUUUGAAAUGACGUAAUUUAUGAAUAGCCCCUGAGAACAAUAUACAAUCAAUGUCACUAUAUGCAAUAAUUUUAUUUCACACUCCAGGUUGGCAAUAAUUUAAUUUUUAUCCAGUUGACUUCACGAGUCACAUUUUUAGUCCAACUUAAUCAUAAAAAAUUCCGGCAAAUAAAAUAAAAAUAGGUUUCCCAUACGGCCCAAACUACAGCUAUCCUUUCUCUUUUCUUUUUAUUCAUUGAUAAAAUUAUAAAAACAAAUUCUGUUAAUAUCACUAUCAUCAAAUUCAUUCACUCACAAAGUUCAGGAUUCAUCCACCACCAACCAUCAAAUAUUCUCUGACAUAGGCAACGAUUUGGUUUCAAUAAUAAAAUGAGGUCUAGGUGCCCGUUAGAUGCGUCUGGCGUUAUCUUCUUGAUACACUCGAAUAUGACCAUUCUAAUAGAUAUAAAGGGUCUAUACUGCACAUUUCCCUUGUUCCCAAUAACACCGGGACCCGGUAUUGCAUUUAAAAUACCGGUAUUGAAAAUUGCAUUUAAAAAGUCGGGAUCUCGGUAUUGCGGGAUCCCGGUAUUGGAAGCCCUAGCCGGCACUGAGCGGAAGUGAAGCAAGAUAAAACGCCGUUUUUAUGUAAUACUUACCUCUGAAUUUUCUCAGAAUAUUUCAAUCAUUUAGCUUUAGCACCAAAUUCUAUCAAAAUCUGGUGUUUUCAUAUAGAAACAGGAUAAAUAGGAUAUUUCGAUAAAUGAAUUAUAGUAUUAAGUUGCUAAAUUGUAGUGUGUACUUUAUAACUGAACAUUAAUUUGCUUGAACAAUGUUUGCCAUGUUUCUCGCCUGGAAUACAGGGUAUCCUACUUGAGGCACAUGUAAACCAUAACUAUUUAAGUCUUUGUUUUAUAUGAAUGUAACCAUGAAAUCAGGGACCGAAUGCCGGUAUAUUUUUCAUACAAAUUAACCGGUAUUCAAUUUCGGUAUCUUGGUUGUUUAUGUAUAUUUUUGCACUUAAUUUAGCUAAUCUGAUCAAUCAUUAUCUAAUUACUAUUCUAUAUUAUCAAAAAGUCAAAGAGCUGGCGCAGGAUAGGGAAAGCUGGAAGAUACUCCACCGAUAAGAGAAUAACUCUUAAGUUAAUGAUGAUGAUUAUCAAAUAAAUAAUGUGAAAGCUAUGAGAUAUUUUGAUUUUUAGUUAUACCGGUAAAGUUCACUGCAUGAAAUACGUGAAAUAUGUUUUUCUAUUAUUAGAAAACGACCCAUAGUAUUGUGUAAUAAUGUUUAAAUGCUUUUAGGGUUGCCGUACACAAAGGGUAAAAACGGGAGCUUAUUACUGGCUCUGCUGUCCGUACGUCUGUCUGUCUGUCACCAGGGUGUAACUCAUGAACCAUGAUAGCUAGACGGUUGAAAUUUUCUCAGAUGUAUUUCUGUUGCCGCUAUAACGACAAAUACUAAAACCUAAAUAAAAUAAAUAUAGUGGGGCUCCCAUACAACAAACGUGAUUUGUUUUUGUAAUGGUACGGAACCCUUCGUGCGCGAGUCUGACUCGCACACUUUACUUUUUUCAUAAUCUUGACAUUAAUUUUGUUUAGUAUUUUUUAUUGACUUAUUUUAAUUACUUCUCACUUUUUUAAUUACAUAUCUAUAUAUAGUUCGUUUUUUAGCAUUAGUAAAUAGGAAUAAGGUAUAGCUGGUCAAGCAAAUCUUGUCAGUAGAAACGGGCGCGAAAUUCAAAUUUUCUAUGAGACGAUGUCCCUUCGCGUCUACAUUUUUCAAAUUUGCCGCCUUUUUCUACUGUUAACAUCUGCUUGACCAGGGGCCCAUUUCUCGAACGGUAUUAGACUAAUAAUUAUUAGUCCACGAACUGUCAAAUCGUAUUGGUUGCCAUGACAUCACACUAAUAAUAUUAGACUAAUAUCGUUCGAGAAAUGGGGCCCAGCUAUAAACAAUCUCGAUAUGUAAAGUCGUUUAAUUGUAAAAUAUGUUUUUUUUUUUAAAUUCUAUAUUGACAUUCUGACACACUGGAUGUGGUGUAUUCGAAUUAUGUCACUUAGGGCCAGUUGCACCAACCGCAUUUGACAGACUGAUCAACGUCAGCCGGCGCGCCCCGGCGCUUUACUAUGAAACAUUCCAUACAUAAAAAUUUUGCGAACUCUUUAACGAUACGAACAGUUUGGUGCAACCGACCCUUAGUUAAUAAUCUGUGAUUAUGUCUGACCAAUCAAUUUAAAUUGAAUGUUGUUUACAUUCUGUUACAAAUAUAAAAUUGUAUAUUUUACAAAUAAAUGAGAAAGAUAAAAAUGUAUUUUGAUUGUUGAUUUUUAAUAAUGGCGUUAUUGGCCGACUAACACAAACCCGUUUUUAGGGUUCCGUACCCAAAGGGUAAAAAUUAGUGUUCCGUACAGAACUUUGUUUACGGAACACUUAUGGGAUCACUUCG